GGGGGCGCGCUCUCGCGCGGGCUGCCGGGAUCGCUCGCCGCCGCUGUGGUAAUGUCCGCCAUGUUGGCCAUGGCGCAGGGAGCGGAUCGGGCGGGCGAGCGGCGGAUCUAGUGUGUGGAAGCGGCCGCGGGCGGCGGGGGGCUGUUUUCGGGCGGGGUGGGCGCCCAUGCUGUGGCCGGGGGCAGUGAGGAGGAGGAGGAGCGGGCCGGCCGCGCUGCACUGAGGAAGGAGGUGGAGGAGGCGGCGGGAGUCCUCCCCCCCUCCCCGCCCGCCCCGCCGCCGCCGCCCGGGCUGUUCCUGUAAGGCGGGGAGACAAUGAGUAAACUCUCCUUCCGAGCGCGGGCGCUGGACGCCGCCAAGCCGCUGCCUAUCUACCGCGGCAAGGACAUGCCUGAUCUCAACGACUGCGUCUCCAUCAACCGGGCCGUGCCCCAGAUGCCCACCGGGAUGGAGAAGGAGGAGGAAUCGGAACAUCAUUUACAGCGAGCAAUUUCAGCACAGCAAGUGUUUAGAGAAAAAAAAGAGAGCAUGGUCAUUCCUGUUCCUGAGGCAGAGAGCAACGUCAACUAUUACAAUCGCUUGUACAAAGGAGAGUUUAAACAGCCAAAACAGUUCAUUCAUAUUCAGCCUUUUAAUCUAGACAACGAGCAACCAGAUUAUGAUAUGGAUUCAGAAGAUGAGACUUUAUUAAAUAGACUUAACAGAAAGAUGGAAAUUAAGCCUUUGCAAUUUGAAAUUAUGAUUGACAGACUUGAAAAAGCCAGUUCUAAUCAGCUUGUAACACUUCAAGAAGCAAAACUGCUGCUAAACGAAGAUGAUUACCUUAUUAAAGCUGUAUAUGACUACUGGGUGAGAAAACGUAAAAACUGCAGGGGGCCAUCCCUCAUUCCUCAGAUAAAACAAGAGAAAAGAGAUGGCUCUACCAACAAUGACCCUUAUGUUGCCUUUCGGAGAAGAACAGAGAAAAUGCAAACUCGAAAGAAUCGUAAGAAUGAUGAAGCCUCUUAUGAAAAGAUGUUGAAACUGAGACGAGAAUUUAGUAGAGCCAUAACAAUUUUGGAAAUGAUUAAGAGAAGAGAGAAAACAAAACGAGAAUUAUUGCACUUAACCUUAGAAGUUGUGGAGAAAAGAUACCAUUUGGGAGACUAUGGUGGUGAAAUCCUUAAUGAAGUAAAAAUCAAUAGAUCAGAAAAAGAGUUAUAUGCCACUCCAGCAACUCUUCAUAAUGGAAAUCAUCACAAAGUUCAAGAAUGUAAAACUAAGCACCCUCAUCAUUUGUCUUUGAAAGAAGAGGCUUCUGAUGUGGUUCGUCAAAAGAAGAAGUACCCAAAGAAGCCUAAAGCAGAGGCUUUGAUAACAUCUCAGCAACCCACUCCUGAGACAUUGCCUGUGAUCAAUAAGAGUGACAUUAAGCAAUAUGAUUUUCACAGCUCAGAUGAAGAUGAAUUUCCACAGGUAUUGUCCCCAGUAUCAGAACCGGAAGAAGAAAAUGAUCCUGAUGGUCCCUGUGCUUUCAGAAGGCGGGCAGGAUGCCAGUAUUAUGCUCCUCGUUUGGACCAAGCUAACCAUUCAUGUGAAAAUUCAGAAUUGGCAGAUUUGGAUAAGUUGAGGUAUAGGCAUUGCCUUACAACACUUACAGUCCCAAGAAGAUGUAUAGGAUUUGCAAGGAGGCGAAUUGGCAGAGGUGGAAGGGUCAUAAUGGACCGAAUAUCCACAGAACAUGACCCAGUCCUGAAACAGAUAGACCCUGAAAUGCUGAAUAGUUUUUCAAGCUCUUCCCAAACUAUAGACUUUUCUUCUAAUUUCUCUCGGACCAAUGCUUCCAGUAAACAUUGUGAAAAUAGACUGUCUCUUUCUGAAAUAUUAAGCAAUAUCAGAUCAUGUCGACUACAGUGUUUCCAGCCAAGGCUACUAAAUUUACAGGACAGUGAUAGUGAAGAAUGUACCUCAAGAAAACCAGGGCAGACUGUGAACAAUAAAAGAGUUUCUGCAGCAUCUGUAGCUUUAUUGAACACCAGCAAGAAUGGCAUAUCAGUAACAGGGGGUAUCACAGAAGAGCAGUUUCAGACACAUCAGCAGCAGUUAGUUCAGAUGCAAAGGCAGCAACUUGCCCAGCUUCAGCAGAAACAGCAAUCUCAGCAUUCCUCGCAACAGACACAUCCAAAAGCACAGGGCUCAAGCACCUCUGACUGUAUGUCUAAAACACUUGACUCAGCCAGCGCCCACUUUGCUGCAUCUGCAGUGGUCAGUGCACCUGUUCCAAGUCGCAGUGAGGUAACCAAGGAACAGAACACUGGCCACAACAACAUAAACGGUGUUGUCCAGCCUUCAGGAACCUCUAAAACAUUAUACUCCACCAAUAUGGCUUUAUCAUCCAGCCCAGGGAUUUCAGCUGUACAACUUGUAAGGACAGUUGGCCACACCACUACAAACCACUUAAUCCCAGCGUUGUGCACAAGCAGUCCUCAGACACUUCCCAUGAACAAUUCCUGCCUGACAAAUGCAGUGCACCUCAAUAAUGUCAGUGUUGUUUCUCCAGUCAAUGUGCAUAUCAAUACACGGACUUCAGCACCAUCGCCAACAGCCUUAAAACUUGCCACAGUUGCUGCCAGUAUGGACAGAGUGCCAAAGGUUACUCCCAGCAGUGCCAUCAGCAGCAUAGCAAGAGAGAACCACGAACCAGAAAGAUUGGGCUUAAAUGGAAUAGCAGAGACAACAGUAGCUAUGGAAGUGACAUAACCUAAAACACGUGGCUCUGACCUGUGCUGAUGGUGUGCAAUCAUGCAUAUUCCAGCUGAAUGCAAAAGGCAACACUCUGUGGAUCACAGAGUGUAACAAUGGACCUAAAUGGACUAUAGUAUAUUGGAUGUUAAAUCCAUAUAUGAUGUAUAUUUUGUAAAAUUGGGAAAAUCACUACCUUGUAAAAUAGUUUAUUUGUAUCAUCAAUAUUAUUUCUGUUACUUGAAUAGUAGAUAUUCAUCAUCAUGCUUUUGCACUUGAAUUUGCAACUGAAUGGAUUUUAAAAAAUAAUUCUUUAAUGGGAUCAUGAGCAUGAAAUGGGAUCCUGCAUCACUUGUUUUAACUAUUUAUUUUGCCAUGUUUACAUUUUGUAUCUUGUAAAAAUAAAUCCAACUUUGUGUCUAAAAAGUUAAAGAUUCAUAGCUAGGAAAUGAAAUUCUUGUAAUUUUUUUCUAAAGGAACUGUAAAGUUUUCACUUGGUUCAUUUUGUUUCACAAUUUGACUAGAUGGACUUUUUGGUAAAUACUUUAGUGGCAUUUCACUGUCAAAUAUGAAGUUCAAGGCAAAAUAGUAUUUUCUAUUACUGUGCAGGGGAAAGGGAUGGAUCGAUACAUGCAAAUUUAAUGUAGUAACUCACUUUUCCAUAUAUUUUGAAUGUAUAUUUCUAUUUAUAAUACCAAUUUAUAAAAAAUAAUUACACAGAAAAAAUGAAAUAGGAAAAAUUAUGCAUCUAGCACAUUUAAACUGUGCAAAUAUGAAAAUUUUUCGAGGAUUACAUUUUAUCUGAAGGCUGCAUAUUUUAACUGGCUUUAAAACUGUAACACACCACAUAAAAGAUACUUUACCAGGUAUGUAUUGCAUUAUAUCAUUGCAAUAAUUAUUGGAAGUCUAGAUAUCGAGCCAUCCCAGGUGUUGGGCGGGGGGAGGGUUGUGGCAAGAUUGUCUUUUCAAUUUUGGAGAGUUUUCCUGUGGCUACAAGGCAAGUAACGGGUUGGAAAAAGUCUGACUGUAAGCGUUGGACACCUUCAUAGUGUAGUGUUUUAGUGACUUUUUUUAUACGGUUCUUGUAAAUUAGAUACGUGUAGUGGUGUUUCAGAAUGUUUGUUUAUGCACUAGUUCAGACAACUUUCCCUGUUACUUGUUCUUGAUAAGUGAAAACUGCAGGGAAAUAAAAAAUACAUAUCAAAACAUG